AAAAAAUAAAAAAAGUAAACAUUUGCAUAUAUUGGAAGUAUCGACUUUGGCACUUGGCCAUCCUCAGUAGGGUCUGCGCGGAAGUCCGGAGCUCUGUGAGAAGUGAGAUCAGUAGACGAAACAGUCGAGUUGAGGUUGCUGAAGAAUUUGUUGAUCAGUUUAUGUUGUUCCUUUGUUGAAGAGACUCAGAUAACUCAAUUGGCUGAAAUCUCCACCUCCAAAUCGCCCGACAUAUAUUCUUCACCAUUGAAAUCAAACAAGCUGACAGGGACUGAAGAGGAAUCAAGAUUACAGAGAGUAGAGUACGCAUCUGUAGACAUAUAGAGUAAUACAAUACUGCAUGGAUAAAGAAGCUCAGAGACAUUGAGAGUGAAAGAGAUAUGGCAACCCUAGUGUACCAGAUGAUAUCCUCUGCAGCACUGGUUUCACUGGGACUGUACCACAUGGUCGCUACCACACGCAACCACCUGAGAACACCGCAGUCCUAUUUCGCCAGACCCUACCACCCUUUCCCUCUGUCCUCCUCAUCCUCACCUUCAUUAAACAACCACCGUCUAAGGUUCCUCCAGCUCUACCUUGUCAUGGCAUUCCUCACCAUCACUAUAGUCCACCAGAUAGUUGUUUCCUUAGAUGCCGAUCCACUCCUCAAGGGUCGCUCGCCAGUCCACUUCUUCACCUCCCUUCAGUCAGCUGCCUCCCUCUUCCUCUUUCUACUCCUCACACUAGUUCUCCUCCUCUCAGAGUGGAUCCCAUCUUUGCUGCCCCUCCCCAACGAUCUGAUCUUCGGCCUCACUGCGGCCCUCUUCUACUUGCAGUCAUUUGUCUCUUGGGGCGCCGCCACUGUCCAGACAUCCGAUCUUCAGGCCAAAUGUGACUCUGUCUCGGGAAGGAUCUCUGCCCUAGCUUCCAUUCUCUGCCUUGUCUUGGCUUGCCAGCCAAGACUAUUCGUGGCAGAUGUAGGUUUGGGUGCCUCCAUGUCUCUACAGGGCCUUUGGACCUUGCAGACGGGCCUCUCCCUGUAUGUGGAAGCCUUCAUUCCGGAGGGCUGUCACAAGCUUCUUGAUGUGGUAAGUGGGGUCGAGGGUUCAACCAAGUGUGACCUGGAGGAGUCCAAGUUAAGGGCUGUGGCAAUUCUGGAUCUGGUGUUCUUGGUGCACGUAACAUUUGUGCUGCUUAUUAUGAUGGUCACCUAUGCCAUGACUGCCAAGUCGGUUGGUAUUCGAGCAUUAGGUUCUUAUGAGGCCUUGCCCACUGACAACAACCACAUUCAGAUGAAAGCCUUGAGUGGCACCCAAGCUUAGGCUAUUAGAAGAAGCAAGAAAAAAAGGAAGUUUGAGUUUAAUUAGAUACACUCAUGCAGAGCGCCUAAGACAUUGAUUUUGUACCUUUAAUCAUCUAGAGUUUUGUGUGUUAUUUAUCACUGGGGUCAUUGAUAUCCAUGUUGAAGAUUUUGAUAACUGGUUCACUCUACAAGGUGCACCCCUUCUCUGUUUAACUGUUCGUAGCCAGGCAGCUGCAUUCUGCUUAAAAAUCUCUUUCUGUUCUACUGGUUA